UGGUUCUCUCUGCAGAUCCCAUGGACUGUGAGAAUGGCACAGAUGUUGCUGAGUUUGUCCUUCUGGGUUUUUCCUCCCAGCCUGAAGAGCAGCCCUUCUACUUCCUACUCUUUCUGCUGAUGUAUGGGGCAGGGCUUCUGGGCAACGUCAUGAUGAUCAUUCUCAUCUCUCUGGAUGCCCGACUCCAGACUCCCAUGUACUUCCUGCUGCGUAGCCUCUCCAUGGUGGACAUGGGCUUCAUCUCAGUCACAGUGCCCCAGAUGCUGGCUCACAUCAUCUCCACGUCCAAGACUAUCCCUUUCUACUCCUGUAUGGCUCAGUUCUUCUUCUUCUAUGUUUUUGGUGUGACUGACCUUCUAAUGGUGAGUGUCAUGGCUCUGGAUCGCUAUGUUGCAAUUUGCAAUCCACUGCACUACACUACGGUAAUGAACCAGAAGGUCUGUGGACACUUGGUAGCCGGCUGCUGGAUUAUUUCUACCCUCCACUCCAUGCUCCAUGCUGGCCUCCUCCUGCGUCUCAGUUACCGUGGAGACAACCACUUGGCCCACUUCUUCUGUGACCACGACCCUUUGCUGCAGCUGUCCUGCUCAGACACCAGCAUCAAUGAAACAGCCAUCUUCUUUGAAGGUGGACUUAUCAUCCUUGGACCCUUUGUCUUCAUUAUCCUCACUUAUGUCCGCAUUGUGGUGGCUGUCAUGAGGUUGUCUUCCUCGGGGAGGCGCAAAGCUUUCUCCACCUGUGGCUCCCAUCUCACUAUGGUGGUGCUCCUCUAUGGGGCCAUCAUUGGUGUCUACUUCCAACCUGCCUCCAAUUACUCAGCUCAAAGAGGAGCAGUCUUUGCUAUCAUGUACACUGUAAUCACCCCAAUGUCCAACCCUUAUGUCUACAGCCUAAGGAAUAAAGAUGUGAAAGGAGCCCUUAGACACCUCCUGGGAAAGAGAGUCUUUUCUCAACAGCAACCGUGAGAGUUAACAUGUUCCUUCCAUUCCCACUGUGUCCACUACUAUGGAGGUGGGAAAGUGGAUCCCCCCACCCCCUACAGAUUAUGCAGUCAUAUGACAUUCUGUCACCACCAGUCUGUAGGCCCUUUUGAAAGUGCACUGUCCCUAUCGCAGCUGAUCUUAGUGGAGCUCACUGUCAAGACCAGUCAACUGAUGGGUGCUGACAGUGAGCCCCACUUGCAAAUGAACAGGUGGGAGCUCACUUUAUGACCCCAUUUUUUCCUUUGGAGCUGCAUCCUUACCUGCUCCAUCAUGUAUGACAUCAUACAUGACUUCAGCUGUGGUACAGGUGGGCAUGAUUUGAGGGGAAAUGGCUUUGUAUGCCGCGUUGGAACCUGUCCUCAGCCUAAGUGCACUAUGAAUAGGGAUGUUGGAAAACUCCAACAAAAACAGAAACAGGAGCAGAAAUUCCUGGUGUUUCCCUAUUCUUCUCCUGUCUGGAAUGAAAAUCAGUGCAGCAAAUUCAGUAGGUAUUUGCUAUUGUUGUUGCUUUCAGUCCUCAGA